AUGGAUCACCAACAAGAAACACUCCCGCCUCACAUACUCCUAUUUCCUGUGCCGAUGCAUGGCCAUGUGACCCCCAUGCUCAAGCUAGCCCAGCUUCUCUGCCUUCAUGACCUCCAUGUCACCAUGCUCAUCUCCGAGUACUACCACAGUCGCCUCCAACGCCACAGCAAAUUCCAAUCUCGCUCCCUUCUCCAUCCUGCAUUUUGCUUCAAGACCAUACCGGAUGGCCUUCCCGAAGACCAUCCGCGUGUUGGUGAACGAGUUGUGGAACUUACGCCUCCGAACAUAAUAGAACCACUUUUUAGAGAGUUGAUGAUAUCCACUAAUUACCUGGGCUCUGAAACUCGAAGGCCCCUGACAUGCAUCAUAGCAGACGGGAUCCUGAGUUUUGCAGGUGAUUUUGCUUUAGAAAAGGGAAUACCAUUCAUUUAUUUAACAGUCAUCGGCGCUGGCAGCCUGUAG